AUGGGGUCAGGGUGGGGUGGGGGUUCUCCCAGGCGGCAGGUGCUUCAGGAUUGGCCUCCCCCCGUCCUUCUCCGUGGUGCUCUGCAGGAGCUGGGCUGUUCCUUCGGUGAGAUCUCCGCCCAUGAUUCUGAGAAGCUGCUUCGGGUGAUCCUGUCCUCCCAGCAGCCAGACAGGGGCAAGAAGGCCCAGGCCUUCCUCACCACCCAGGGGCUGGAGCCAGAGAUGGUGGCGGAGCUCGUGGCUGAGGAAGUCACCCGAGAAGUGCUGGCGCCUUUGCAAGGAAAAGGGAAAAAGCAAGUCUUAAAUCCAGCAGAGGAGAGCGAGGCGUUCCUGCAGUUGGCCAAACUGUGCCAGGACCCCACCCUGGUUGGCGUGAAGCUAUUGGAUAAAAUUUCAUCUGUCCCUCACGGGGAGCUUGCCUGCACUACAGAGCUCCUGAUCCUCGCCCAUAAUUGCUUCAGCCUCACGUGUCAUCUGGAAGGGAUUAUUCGCGUUCUCCAAGCUGCCCGAACGCUCACGGACGAACACUUAGCACCCAGCGAAGAAUACGGCCUUGUGGUUCGACUUCUCACUGGCAUCGGCAGGUACAACGAGAUGACCUACAUCUUUGACUUGCUGCAUGAGAAGCACCACUUUGAGGUGCUAAUGAGAAAGAAGUUGGACCCGAGCGGGACCCUCAAGACGGCGCUGCUGGACUACAUCAAGCGCUGCCGCCCAGGAGACAGCGAGAAGCACAACAUGAUCGCCCUCUGCUUCAGCAUGUGCCGGGAGAUUGGGGAGAACCACGAGGCGGCAGCCAAGGUCCAGCUGAAGCUCAUUGAAUCCCAGCCUUGGGGUUCAAGCAGCGUGCAGGCAAUGAACCGGCUCUAAAAAACCUGAAGAAGCUGUUGACCUAUUGUGAUGAUAUCGAUGUGUAUUACAAGCUAGCUUAUGACAACCAGUUCUACGACGUAGUGAACAUGCUUCUGAAGGAUUUCCACAUUGGCAAGAACACACGUGAAAUAAUAAAAUGGUUCUUUGCUUUCUGACCUACAUUGAUAGUGGAGGAAUGUCUCAAAGGUGCAAAGGUGAUCUUAGGACUUUGCACUGCUUUUAGGUCUAACUUUUGUGUCAUUAAACUUUAUUACUAAAUUUAUUAUUCGGGUUAUGAACGGAACAGCGGAGUCUUAAAAGACAGAGGCUACAAUCCUGUUGUAGAACUCCGUUAAAUUUUACUGAUCGUAUUGCUUCGUGACUCCUCUGUCUCAAAGUUACAUUUCUCCCAAAUCAUUUUAAAUUCCUUUUACUGUAUGGUGGUUAAAACUACUGUUAAGCCAAGAGCAAGUAACACACUGGCCAAAUGUCAACGCCAGAUUAAGGUUGUCUCUGGCCAGCGCAGUAUUGAAGUCCAGUGCGCAUGCAACAUUUACACAUGCGCACCCUUCAGCCCUUAUUUGCCAACCGUGAAAUUCCCCCAGCAAUUCAUCUCAGAUACAAGGGAAUUGAAAUAACACUUUUUCCAAGGAGAUACAACAGAAAGAUAUCAUGUAAUUUUGUUUUAUUUAACGGCUGUAGCUCUCAAGCGUGUUAAAUUAAAUUGCUAUAACAAA